AACCCACAAAAACUUGAGCUCUAUCAAUCUUUUCUAGCAUCACAGAACUUCCCAAAUUGAUUUCUUUGUUACAAAAGACCAUGGCUUCUUCCGCUUCCAAACACCUCUUUUCCUUUGUUCUGCUUCUCUCUCUGUUCCAUUUUAGCUCAGCAGCUAGGAGCCUUGCUGAGACCUCAGAUGAGUCCCAGCAGCCUAUACUCUUCCAAUACCACAAUGGUCCUCUUCUCACUGGCAAAAUCUCCAUCAAUUUGAUUUGGUAUGGCAAAUUCAAGCCUUCCCAGCGUGCAAUUGUUUCCGAUUUUAUCACCUCCCUUUCUUCUUCAUCUCCUUCUCCAUCUAAAAACCAACCCUCUGUUGCUACAUGGUGGAAAUUCAUAGAGAAAUACUACCACCUCGCCAAUGCCAAGAAAACCUCAUCUCUUUCCCUCUCAUUGAGUACCCAAAUCCUCGAUGAGAGCUACUCUAUGGGCAAGUCCCUGUCUCAAACACACAUCAAGAAGUUGGCUGCCAAGGGUAGCCAGAGUAAUGCCAUCAAUGUUGUUUUGACCUCAUCAGAUGUUCUAAUUGAUGGGUUUUGCUCUAGCAAAUGUGGUACACAUGGUUCUUCAACGAGCUCUCUCAUCAGAGGCAAGAGCACCAAGUUUGCUUACAUCUGGGUGGGAAACUCAGAGACCCAAUGCCCUGGUCAGUGUGCUUGGCCAUUCCAUCAGCCAAUUUACGGACCACAAUCUCCACCUUUGGUUGCACCCAACAAUGAUGUGGGUUUGGACGGUAUGAUCAUCAAUCUAGCUAGCCUUUUGGCUGGGACUGUGACCAACCCUUUUGGAAAUGGGUUCUACCAGGGUCCCAAGGAGGCUCCAUUAGAGGCUGCCUCGGCUUGUCCUGGUGUCUAUGGGAAAGGAGCUUAUCCUGGUUAUCCUGGAGACCUCUUGGUUGAUGCUACAACUGGUGCCAGCUACAACGCUAAUGGUUUGAAUGGGAAGAAGUACUUGCUGCCUGCUUUGUUUGACCCCUCAACCUCAACUUGUUCUACUCUUGUUUGAGACUACUUGGGAGUUGGGAGUACUUAGUAUAGACUAUGUAGUAAAUAGAAUGAUUAGGGAGCUUAAUACUUGAAUUCCCAUUCUUUGUUAUAUUCUUUUGUAUAAUCCAAAUAAUGAUAUAAAGUUUCAACAUAAAAAAAAAAAAAAAAAACUAAAAAUCAGUUCGACC